AUGCAGAUUUUAAUAUUUGCACUAUGCACAGCUUUGUGCUCCCCGGUGCUCGCUCAACCGUAUACCUCUGAAAUCACAUGGAUUUCAGCCACAACAACAUCCACUGAAAGUUUAUGGCCAACCUCGGAGCCAACUGAGGUAGCCCACCUCUACGGGAAACGCGGAUAUCGUGACAUCCUCCAAGCUAGAGACACCACUGCGACAACCGAUGAGGCUACAUCCAGAACCGAUGAAGCCGAUUCCACAACCGAUACCCCAUCAGAAACAACCUCCGCGGAGAGAAGCUCAUCAGAGAUAACUGUAUCGGAAACAACCUCAGCAGAGACAACUUCAGAGACAACCAAAUCUGAGACAACCACUUCAACAACGGAGUCUACGACCGCGAGCCCCACAUCUGAAACUACCACCGAGACCCCCUCAACAUCUCCAACCCCCACAUCUACCACUGAGACUCCAAGCAGCUCCUCAUUGACGUCGAGUACCCCAACGACAGUCAGCACCUCUACAACAACAAGUAGUACAAGUCCAACUUCGACGGGCAAAUCCGCAGCAGAGCUUGCCGAAUGGAACCGAAAGGGUAACAUAGCAGCAAUUGUAUUUGGCUGCUGUUUUAUCUCGUUCUUCCUCAUCGUCUGCAUAGUAUACUAUUUAUCUAGCAGAGCGAAGGCACGACGCAUCGCGGCUAGCAAGCUGUCAAGUUCCAAUGAUUCGUACUCGAAGAUACCCCUUGUGGCCAUAAACGUGGAUUCGCCUAGUGAGCCUGAGGUGAACCGCUCCUCACCGAUGCCCAACAACAAUCCGCAGACCGAAUAUUAUCCUACAGGGGGCUCCCCAUCGGUGUCGAAUUAUUCCGCUCCAUCAGGGUCGAAUUACAGCCACGCCCAUUCCAUGCCAUCUCCGAUGACGCCGGAUCAAGCAUCUCAUAGGGAUUAUUCAUUGCGAGGACAAAAUAAUGAGCAGUGGAAUACACGUAUAGUCUGA